AUGGCGACUCUCGAUGCACUGCGUCUCGCUCUGCAGCGACAAAUUCCCGAAACUAACUCUACUAAGCCUCUUUCCGAAGCUGAAUACGAAGAAGGCUUCGACCUGUUCCGGCAGCAUCAUGGCUGGACCAAUUAUCAAGACUUUGUUAUCCCUCAACUGUCUCGCUUACUCGUGCCUCAGUUGCAAUCCCGUACCCGCAUUUCAUUUCUUGAGAUCGGCCCUGGCCCGAAGAGUGUUCUUGGAUAUCUACCCACUUCUAUGAGACGAAACAUUACGAAAUAUACCGCCUUUGAGCCCAACAGCCGCUUCGUCCGCCAUCUGGUCAAAGACCUAAAUCCAACAAACGAGAACGCACCCUUUCCUUCUCUAAAAGCUCUAUCUGUACACGAACUACCGUUCACGACGGACACCAAAGUCGACGAAAAGUACCAUAUCAUCAUCUUCUGCCAUAGCCUGUAUGGUAUUUCCUCAAAGGAGGACGUCUUGAGGCGUUCAAUCAGCCUACUUGCUACCGACUCGGAUGGUAUCCUUGUAGUCUGUCACCGCGAUGGGGCGCCGCAGAUCAGUAACCUUGUCUGCCACCAAUCGUCUUUAUUUCCUGACGGCGUUGUACGUAUCAAGGACAACGAUACUACCAUCGACAAGUUCGCAAAUUUCAUUGCUGGUCACACGGUCGAAGACCAGGAGGCAAAGGCGUCUAUGAGCAUCAAUUUGCGCGAGGUCUGCCGUGCUUUGGCUCGUCACGACAACGAUCAUCCAGGUUUCCUGACAUUUGCUGCCCCCGAAAUUGUCAUGACCUUCAAUCAACACGCCAAAAAGCUUGACGAGUUGACCGAUCAGGUCCCAUUGGUCACAGGGAACAUCAAGACCAAGAGUCGACAGGUACACUUUCUUCCACCAGCCGCUGUCGUUCGGCCGACAAAGAUGAAGCAGGUCCGAGUCUGUGUCGCCUGGGCUCUGAAGUAUCAAACUAGCCUGACUGUCGUUGGCGGCGGCCACAGUGGGCACUGUCGCUGGCCUGGUACUGUCUCCAUCGACGUGAGCGCCUUCGAUCAGGUGCACAUCAUUCAAGACGUGGGCGAGUUCAACGAGGCUGAGGCAUUGGUAGUGGCUGGAGCUGGUUGCAAAACGGGCGACAUCGUCCAAGCAACCAUGGCCCAUAACCUGACGGUCCCGCUAGGUGCUCGACCGAGUGUCGGUGCCGGGCUAUGGCUCCAAGGCGGCCUCGGACACUCAAUGGGACACCAUGGUCUGACAUCAGACUGCAUCGUUGGAGCUGUACUUGUCAGUGUUGUGUCCGCUCAAGUCUUUUGCGUUGGACAUGUACCGAAGCAACACCGACCCCGUGGUGCUGUUCGCCCUGAGAAGGAAGAUGAUCUGCUUUGGGCCCUGAGAGGGGCUGGCACAAACUUUGGCAUAAUUGUUAGUGUCACCUUCAAGGCUUACCCGAUCUGGUCUUUCUCCGUCACGAAUUGGAGAAUAGAGCUCUCAGGCAGUGACCGCAAACUCCAGGAUGUCAUGAAGGCUGCAAAGAGGCUCGGUUCAACAUCAUCCGCGGAUGCAUAUCUCGCACCACCUGGAACUCGGUGGGACAGGGAAACGUUCAGUACUCCAGAGCUAUUGUCACCAGCCCUGGGACGACCCGAAGACACCAAGCUUGUCAAUGCAGUUGAACUAUUCGAUACUGAGAUGUACGUUUCCGGCAUGCAUGGUGGCCAGGGCGGCGGGAAGACCAGUUCUUUCAAGCGAUGCGUCUUUCUCAAAAACCUUGAGAAGAACAACAUUAUUGACAUCUUGACCGCGGCACUCAACGGGCGACCCUCGCCUAUGUCUUAUUUCCAUCUGCUGCAGGGAGCUGGCGAAGUUGCAGUCCCUGCGAGUGACGCUACUGCUUUCGGCUGCCGCGACUGGGACUACGCAUGUGUCAUCACCGGUGUGUGGCCUCGCGAGGAAGAUGACACGCCGACUGCGCGCGCAACAAUACGAUGGGUAUAUGAUGUUGUCGAUUCCCUUCUACCAGUCUUCGAUCCCCAUCGGGUACUUCCGUAUGCCUGCCCACUCUCGCAGGACAUGUUGCCUCAAAAGCUUGUUGUUCUCGUUACUGGGAAACACGCCGCUGGGAAAGACUAUUGCGCCAACAUCUGGGCUUCUCAGAUCAAACGACAUAACUAUAGCAGCCAUGUAGUGUGUAUCAGCGAUGUGACGAAGCGAGAGUACGCUGAAAGCACUGGUGCUGACCUGAACCGCUUGCUUCAGGACCGUGACUACAAGGAGACGCAUCGCGCCAGCCUCUCAGCAUUCUACCAAGUUCAGCUUGAGGAACGACCACAACUGGGGCAAGACCACUUCCUUGACGCUGUUGCGAGCUCUGCUGUUGAUGUUCUCUUCAUCACUGGGCUGAGAGAAGAAGCGCCUGUAUCAACAUUGUGGCAUCUAGUCCCGAACGCUAGACUAAUCGAUGUUCGUAUCGAGGCUAAUGAUGAGACUCGGAACAUACAUCGGAAUCGCCACAUGAAUCGGAGCUUUGUCAUUCCCGAAGAUGCUAGCGAGGUAGAGGAUAAGUUCACUAGCUCCGAAUAUCGACCUUGUUUCAUUUUCAACAACAACGUGGAUAGCAGUGAUUCCAUCUUUGCCUUCGCCAAAGACAAUCUGCUUCCAUUCUUGGCCGAUGAUCUUCGACGUCUUGCUGGCAUGGUCUGUUCAGUGCUGGACUUCCCCCGAGUGGGUAUCGAGUUUCGACAUGUCAUGAACAUCUGCUCCCAGGUGGGGGGCAUUGCUCUCUGCACGGAACUGUUGAAGAAGCAUUAUCAGGGUAACUUGAAUGCGGUGGACGCCAUAGUGAGCUGCGCUACCGGGGGAUUCGUCUUCGCCAUUCCCUUGGCAGAAGCACUGAACGUACCAAUGGUACCAAUCUGCAAGGCUGGCAAGCUUCCACCGCCCACGAUCUCUGUCGAGAAGGGCAAAUCCCAUAUCUCCUCCAAGGCCCAAGACGGGGUAGGGAUUGAGUCGGUUGAAGUCGAAUCGGUUCAGAUUGAUGCGAACGCUCUUCGCAAGGGUGCACGAGUGGUGGUUGUUGACGACGUGCUGGCAACAGGAAUAACGCUGCGGGCGACAAUCGAGCUGCUAGUCAAGACUGGUGUCAGUAUCGAAGAUAUCAGCGUCAUGAUUGUGGCCGAGUUUCCUGUACAUCUUGGGCGCACAAGGUUGCGAGAGUUCAGAGUCGGCAUCCAGAGCUUGCUGGUGUUCGACGGCGAGUACUAG